AUGCAGCCCCCGCCGACUGACUCCGCUCAGCUAAGCUCCCCGCAGCCUGAGCCUCCGCCGGUCCCUCCGCAGCAGGAGAGCGGAAGCCCCCCCGAAGGCAGUCACGCGCCCGCCGUUCCGCGCCCCACGCGGGGCAUCUCCCCGCUCCAGCAGGCGCUAGGGCGGCGCCCGCGCGUGCUGCUGGCGGCGAGCGGGAGCGUGGCGGCGAUCAAGUUCCACAUCGUGGCGCGCGGGCUGGUGGAGUGGGCGGAGGUGCGCGCCGUGAGCACGCGAUCCGCGCUGCACUUCAUCGACCGGCCCGCGCUGCCCGUGGAGAUGCCGCUAUUCACGGACGAGGAUGAGUGGCGGCAGUGGAACCGCCUGGGCGACUCGGUGCUGCAUAUCGAGCUGCGCAAGUGGGCUGACGUCAUGGUCAUCGCGCCGCUCUCCGCCAAUACACUCGCUAAGGUGGCGAGCGGGAUCUGCGACAAUCUCCUCACCUCCAUCGUGCGCGCGUGGGACUUCGGCAAGCCGCUGCUGCUCGCGCCCGCCAUGAACACGCACAUGUGGACGUCGCCAUUCACGGCGCGCCACGUGGCGAUCCUGGAGGGGCUGGGCGCGGAGCUGGUGUCUCCAGUAAGCAAGCGCCUGGCGUGCGGGGACGUGGGCACGGGCGCCAUGGCGGAGCCCGCCAGCAUCGAGGCGGCCGUCCGCCAGGCCAUCGCCGCCAUCCGCGCGGAGAAGCGCCAGGCGCUGGAGGCGGGGCCGUCCAAACCCUAA